UAACAUGUAGUGUCCUGACAGAAACGAAAGCCUUUUUUCGUAAGGAAGAAGAAUAUUUCUAGCAGAUCUAUGAUUGUAGUGAAAGAAUAGGCUAGGGACAGCAGGGGAGAGCGAGAGAAGCUGAAGAAGAGUCGAUGCUCUGCGCUAAAACCUCUGUCCAUAUAACUCGCAUUGUUGUCUUUCGUCUCCGAACAUUUCUACAAUGCAACGUUUGUAAAUAGAGCAGGACGCACUGUGGCAGUUGCAGAGCUGCGUUGUACUGUUUACCGAAUUCCAGGAGACUUUGUCACGUCCAGCGGCUCAGUGGCCGUGUGAAAUAGUAUAAUUCUCUGGCCCGAAUCUGCCCCGCCAUGGGGCUGUGCAUGUGCGAUACGUCUCUCUUUCAACUCGCACUCAUUGGAUGAUUGGUAGCGUGCUGUGCGUUGACAAUUAAAAAAGAAGAAGUUUGUAUCCUGCUGCUAUUCGGCCGUCCACACCCUCACACGGCGACCUCACCGUGGCCUCUAACGACCUGGAACACGGCGGUGGAUAUAUCCGGGUACUAGUAUCAACAGGGAGUUUAUGCGUAUGUCCUAGCGUGCUACUAGCGCUAGUAGCUCACCUACUAUACGUCUGCCAUCCCAACUGACCAUCUGUACAUGGUUGAACUGAACUAGAACUACGUGCACUGCUCCAUACCUACUGUAGUCUGUAUCCUGCUGCUAGCGCUACAAGUACAAGUAACGACUGCUACGUGUGACCAUGCAUCGAUUGGAGAUGCGGUGGGUCGUGGAGAAUGGCUGAUCGCGUGUGCGCCAUCAUGGUGUUCAAGUCACUCGUGGAUUUCGCUCACCCAGUGGGGUUGAUGAGGGGGCAUGGAUGUGUCAUGACACUAGAGGUUUUGCAGAAGCUACAGCAUGGAUGCUGGUAACCCGUUUGACUCGGAAACAUUCAUCUGUGACAUUCAGCCAUGGCUGAAUACAGUGCCUCCGGAGAGGCUGCGCACUGCGGCCAUACGGGCUCACCUCAUCACGGACCGUGCUACGAUUGCCACACUGAAACGGACUCUGGCCAACAGUGGUACUGCGGAUCACAACGAAGCGCUUGUCGAAUCAAUCGUCGCCGAAGGCCCGUGUGCUUACCAGAAGCUAUGUAAUGUCGUCAAGACGCUGGGCUAUGAUGGCAGGCAUGAGCAAAUGGUUCAACUUCUUUGGCGGCCGGGUCCUCAGCUGGAUGCAGGCAGCUCAUCGUGUGCAGCAGAUGAUGCGGAGAGAAUAGUUCCUACAGCAGCAACACUAGUAGUAGUAGCAGCAACAGCAGCACCAGUAGCACCACCACCAGCAGCACCGGUAGCAGCAACCGCAGCAGCAGCACCAGCAGCACUAGUAGCAGCACCAGUGGCAGCAGCAGAAGGUGAGCAGGGUGAUGUGGCGCCACCGCCGCAGGUGCAGCGUGCCCAAGAUCUUCUAGCCGCUCGUUAUCGCCGUGCUAGGGACCCGUUUAUCCUGGGGAUGUUGCCCAAGGGCACGGUCCCAACUGUAGAGAAUGUUCAAAUCAACUUGCUCAUGCUGCCAAAGGGUAGUCUGCGCGGCGCGUUCGCCCGAAGCGAAGACUCCAGCUUUGACUUCAGACGCGCAGAGCACGUGUUCCUCGAGGCUGGACGGACGAUGCAGCCAGUGCAGUUGGAGUCGGUCAUCGGAGACGCGGCAAGUGAUAAUCAGCAAGCAGAGCCAGGCAGUACGGUGGGAACAAUAGCCGUGGCUAGUGCCGGCUGUGGGAAGACGUUUGCGUUCACCAAGGUGGCGCCACUGAAGUGGGCUAUGGGGCAGCUAUGCCAGCGCAAGAAACUGCUUAUAGCAAGGGAGCUGCAUCAUGAGGAUGUGAAAAUGGCAAAGUCGCUCAGCGGUUUGCUUGGUCUUGAAGGAAUCGGAAUCGAGGAUGGCCACGAUCGGCAAGUGAUCUGCGAGUAUGUACGAGCUCAGCCCGACGCCUUGUGUCUGGUUCUGGACGGGCUGGACGAGAUCAACCUUUCAGAAUGCAGUGGCUUUGUGCAAGGCGUGAUUCAGGGUGAAGAGCUGCCGGGUGUGCACCUCAUUGUGACCUCACGCCCGUGCCCGGACGUUUUCAGCUUGUCUGCCAUGCCUCACUUUCAACAGCACGUCGAGCUAGUGGGGUUUCAACCAGAUGAUGUCCAGAUGUACGUCAACAAAGUGCUCCGUUCUGAAAAAGCUGCCAAACUAACUGCCGAGAUAAAGCGAUCGGACUAUCUGCGUGGAAUGAUGGCCACGCCGUUCAUUGCAAAGCAGGUUUGUACGGUGUACCAUGUUGACGAUUUCAUCCCUCAGUGUAUAGCUGAUCUGUUCGAGCAGAUGGUGGUGCAGAUCGCCGAGCGGAAAUGCGCUCGAAAACUUGGCCGCUGGACUGCCAUACCGAAAGCCGUGCGGGUUCUGAUCGUGGACAUAGGGAAGUUUGCGUUAAGCAUGCUGACGAGAAAGCAGUUGAUCUUCAGCGAGGAGGAUGUCCAGGAGUAUGGUCUGAGCGAUGAAGCUAUCUGUCUUGGUCUGUUGGUAACCUGCGAAGAGUCUCUGUCAAAGGAUGCAGUCAGGCAGUAUCGCUUCAGUCACUUGACUGUCCAAGAGCAUCUUGCAGCCAUCUAUCAGUCACAGGCGCUGCUGCAUGACCAUCGCAUUACCAGGGCCAGUAUUGUUCAACUUGUGGACGAUCUUGGUGCUGAAAGUGGUCAUUUGAGAAUGUUCUGGAUACUGCUCUGUGCACGUCUGAAUGCUGGUCAAGCGGAGUGGCUUGUCAAUGCACUCAUAAAACACAGAUCAGCUCUACGAGUUCGCAGGGACGAUUUGAUUGACCUAAGCGUACGUGACACUACUUUGUUCCCGUUUAAUUUCAUCCUGCCUCUGAGUGAAGCACUAACACGUGAGCUGAUGCCUAAGCUUGCAGGUGAACUACUCUGCGAUUCCCUUGAUGGGCACGAUGCAUGUGACUAUGUCAGGUCAAGGAUCCCGAAAGAAGGCCGGGCUUCAUCUGAUCUUGCCUGGCUAAGAGUUCUCCUCUCGAAGUGGCAGGAUGGCGUUGAAGAUGCCAAUUAUCUUAGUCUCAUGCGGUCAUUGCACAAUGUUUGCCCCCGACUCAGACAGCACUGCGAGGAUAAACUUCCUGGCCCAGACACGGACUGGAGUGAACGUUGGAUUGGUGGUAUCUUUCGCUUCGAAUCGACUCUUAUAUUCCCAUGCUUCGCAGAGUUUGCUGUCCACCAGAAAAAGGUUGAUUGUCCACUACCAUCAGUUGGUGUUGUGCUCCGCUCGCAAAAACUCCAGAUCGAAGGAUAUGUCCACCCAGCAGAUUGCCGUUCCAUUGGCACGGUCCUGGAGCAUCAUCGAUCCAUCGCCAUCCAGAGCAUCUCAGUUGACUUCUGGACAUCGUCAAAUGCAGCUCAUUUCCCAUCAUCUUUGGCACUAUGUUCUGGAAUCCAGGAAUUGCGUGUAGGGCCAUGUUCGGAUGAUUCUGUCAUUGAAGUCGUCAUGAAGGCCAUCAAGACUUCAAGUAGUAGCUUGACGACGCUGAAGAUCUGUGGGGAGUUGUAUGUCGCACUCACAUUGCCUUCUCUCUCUGGGGCUUUGCCACAAUGGUCACAUCUCACAGAGCUGGAUCUCAGCAGCACUGAUUUCCAUGCUCUAUCUGAAAAUGCGGGUCCAAGCCCUCUGCAGAGUAUGUCGUCAUGCCAACAGCUUAAAACGCUACGUUUACGAUCAUGCCACUUGACCUUCUCUACAGGCGUAGCCAUGGUGACAGGACUGGCCGAGAACAGUAGUCUUCGUAAACUUGAUUUGGGAGAUAAUCCUGAUCUCGGGGACGAUGCCUUUGUGGAGAUAUGCCGUGUACUUCACAACUGCACGGAAAUGACCACAGUCACAUUGUCGAUGUGCGGCUUGACUGCAGUGUCGCUGCCAUCCAUAAUCGUGGGUCUUCUCCGCUGGAUGCAGUUGGAGGUGUUGGACAUCAGCAACAACAAUUUCAGCAUGGAAGCAACCGACACUCUCCGUUGUGAGCCUUACUCUAUUACAUCGAACCCCCGUAAACUGCAAAAGAUCUCCUUGAACUCAUGUAGUCUAACUUCUGGCACUGGUAUCACCUUGGCAACCUGCUUGGCUGGCAUCAAAUCGGUCUUUUUGCUGGACAUGGGUAAUAAUCCGGAAUUAGGAGACCAUGGUGCCGCCCAGAUUUUGCAAGCAUGUCGAGAGUGCUCGCACAUGAGAAUACUCUGCCUUGCACGGUGUGGACUAACGUCAUCGUGUCUACCAGCACUGACAGCAGCCCGCCAGUGCUGGACACACCUACAGGAGUUGGACAUCUGCUUCAAUGACUUGAGCGAUAUCAGCUCAAGCCAAGUCGUUGGAUUCACUGCUGCCAACUUCGGCCGCAGCAGCUUAGUGAUAUGCUCCGUGUACCUUUCUGAGCCUCUGCCUGUGUUUAACGAUCUUCCCUAUUUUAAGAUCGUCUCUCCAGAGUCGUAUCCCGGGCCGCGGCAAGAAACAGGUCUGGCACUAGAAUGGGCGUAGGUGUGUGCGUGCGUGUGAGUCUGAAUUCCGUACCAUGCCGGUUUCCGCCCUGAACGGCAACACAUCCACCCCUGUAUGCAGUGCUAUUCAGCACAUUGAAGCCUGUGUACUCUUGAUGAACACUAACGCUAAAUCUUCUCGAACUGAGCACAUUGUUCAGAACUGGUCGACAACGGCGUCUGGUCAUUAGCUUGAACAUGACCUGGGCAGACAGUUGUAUAUAUUCAUGAUAUUGUAGUGCCAGUGUCAUACAUGGCAACCGUCCCGAUAUCGAGGGUGGUCAUAGGCACCCAAACAUUCAUUUGUCGCAUGCCCACACGUCUGCAUUUGUAUGCAAUGUUCAUACCUAGGCAUGGCAUAGACCCGAUGUCACGUUUGCCGGAAAAGGUUGGCCGGUAUGUAUGUAAUACGGUAGAUAGGAAUACUGUUGACACGACUAUUAGCGCCGCUGUUUUACGCCCACUGCAUCACCGAGACAUACUAGUAGCUCAUUAAGGAGAUGUGUGACCAGCUUCACCCUUGCACCCCCUGAUCAUCACUAGUAUAAUGCUAUGCUCAUGUCGGCUUACAAUCUAGGGGAAAAACGCUGCGUUUUGAACAUUUUCUAUAGCAGAGAGUCGUCGCUGUGUGCUUCUGAUGAUGAUUUAAGUAUAGACAGGUUGAUUAUUAUUAUGAUAAGAAAACAUUUAAUAUUUUUACUAUAGAGCUCUGCUGCACCAUCUCUCAAUGAUUAUUAAUAUUUUGAUGACCUGGCCAGUGAUUUUUCUUGCUUGAUUCUAUCACGAUUUGAUUGAAUGAAUGAGAAAAUAUGAGCACGUAUCAUUA